AUGGGUGGCUCUCAAAAAUGGUUUUCUCUGGGUCUUCUUACCCUCUGCAUUGUGCUCCAUUUGAGCGCUAUUGUUUUGGGAGAUGACAAGCUUAAUAAAAAUGGGUUUAGGGAUGACGACGACUGUCGUUGGGGCAGGCGUUGCGGUGGCAGAUUCGGAGGACGUGGACGAGGUGGCUUUGGUGGCGGUAGAGGUGGUGGAUUUGGUGGUGGUAGGGGUGGAGGACUUGGUGGUGGUAGAGGUGGAGGACUUGGUGGUGGAUCGGGUGGAGGGUUUGGAGGUGGUGGUGGAGUAGGUGGUGGUGCUGGAGGUGGUGUUGGUGGUGGUGGCGGAUUUGGAGGUGGUGGAGGAGGAGGAUUGGGAGGUGGUUCGGGACAUGGUGGAGGAUUUGGAGGUGGCGUUGGAGGUGGUGCGGGAGGAGGAGUUGGGGGUGGAGGUGGAUUUGGUGGAGGCGGCGGUGGUGGUGUUGGUGGUGGAUCAGGUCAUGGUGGAGGUAUUGGAGCUGGAGGAGGUGUUGGUGGUGGUGUUGGUGGAGGCGCUGGAGGUGGAGGUGGAGGUGGAGGCGGCGGAGGGGGUGGUGGUGGCAUUGGUGGUGGACAUGGCGGAGGAUUUGGAGCUGGAGGAGGUGUUGGUGGAGGAGUUGGUGGUGGUGCAGGAGGAGGAGGAGGAGGUGGUGGAGGCGGUGGAGGAGGCGGCGGCAUUGGUGGUGGGUCAGGCCAUGGUGGAGGCUUUGGAGCUGGUGGAGGUGUAGGUGGUGGUAUCGGAGGAGGUGCCGGAGGUGGAGGUGGAGGUGGAGGUGGAGGAGGUGGAGGUGGUGGUUUGGGAGGAGGUUCAGGUCAUGGAGGUGGAUUUGGAGGUGGUGGAGGACUUGGAGGAGGCGCUGGAGGUGGUGGUGGCAUAGGAGGGGGUGCCGGUGGUGGUCACGGUGGAGGAAUUGGAAUAGGAAUAGGGAUUGGAGUGGGAAUAGGUGGUGGAUCUGGACAUGGCGUUGGUGUUGGUUCUGGAUCCGGUGGAGGAGGUGGUGGUCAUUAA